GGGCAAUUGAGCGUGGAAGUAAUUCCAAAAUGGCGACGCCCAUGUUUCAUUAACACGACUAACUUUAAUUCGACACUUUUUUCCAGAACCACUGAUUGUUUAAUAAAGAAAAAUGUCUUUGUUUACAAUGAAAAGAUAUUUGGGAGAAGACGAAGAUGUGAACCAAGAUCAGAAGGCAGCAUCAAUUCUUCGGAAACUUAAAAAGGAGGCAAAGAAAAGAAAGAGACUCUCAGCUGGUGUUCAACAUAACGUGCAUGCACAGACUUCAGACACUGAAGGUGCUGAUUUUUUAUUGGAUACAAAAGGUGCUGUUGAUUUAGUUGUACAAGAGAAUAAUACAGAUGAUCAUAUCAAGGAUGAUGAAAGCAAUCGAGUACCAAGACAGAAGAGGAAACGGAAACAUUUGGAAGAACCUGUGGACAUCUCUAAUGCUACCCAACAUAUAAAAGACAUUGUUGAUGAAACGGUUAAAAGCAAGAAGCAUAAAACCAAGAAGAAACAAAAAAAUGAAGAUGAUUCUUCUGUUGACAAUGAAACAGUGCCUCAAGCUAGUGGCUCGCACAAAUCAUUAGGUGAACAUGAUGAUGUUGCUGAAUCAUUAGAUGAUGUUAAUUCCAAUGUUCAGUUACACUCUGGAAUUGAGGGGCUUCAAGAAAUUGGUGGUUUUACAGUCAUUGGGGAUUUGCGACCAGCGAAAGUGGAAAAGGUGAGACGCGUGCUCCCAGAGUGGCUGUCUAACCCACAUGUGAUAUCAGCCGACCUUACUACCGACCAGCUCCCAGUUCAGGACAUGCCAGGACUGGCCCCCGACCUUGUCCAGCAGCUUCUGGACAACAAUAUCACACACUUCUUUCCUGUACAAAAGCAGGUUAUCCCUGCUUUGUUGGAGUCCAGCCUGAGUGGUUUCCACAUUGGCAGAGCUGGGUACCAGCCCAGUGACAUUUGUGUGUCUGCUCCCACUGGUAGCGGCAAAACUCUGGCAUAUGUCAUACCAAUAGUACAGGCCUUGCGGUCUCGUGUGACCUGCAGGGUUCGAGCCCUGGCUGUGCUGCCGGUGACUGACCUCGCGGCGCAGGUGUUUAAGGUCUUCCAGACGUACUCUGGGAACACUUGCCUCAAGGUUGGCUUGUUGAUUGGUCAGAAAACAUUUACUGCAGAACAAAAAAUGCUUACCAGAAAGACGCUAUGUGGUUACCGGUCCCAGUAUGACAUUAUUGUGGCCACACCUGGAAGGCUUGUGGACCAUAUCAACAAAACGGAGGGCUUCGACCUCUCUCAGCUUAGAUAUCUGGUGAUCGACGAGGCAGACCGUAUGAUGGAGGAGAUCAAGCAGGACUGGCUGGUCCAGGUGGAGGCAGCGGUUCAUAGGUCACGACCCAGCCCUGGGCCCCUCUCAGCCCUUGCGUGCAGACGCAUGGUGAUGCCUCUCCAGAAGCUGCUCUACUCAGCCACUCUCUCCCAGAAUCCUGAGAAGCUUCAACAACUUAACCUCUUCCAACCAAAGCUCUACACGUCUGUGAUUGGUCAGUCCAAGGAUCAUGUGACCCAAGAGGCGAAGCCUGAUGUGGUUGGGUCCAAUGAUAGGAAGCUGUCGAAGGAUAAACAGUCCAAGAUGGAUGAAGACGAAGAUUUUGUUGGGAAAUAUGCAACACCUGCAAGCUUAUCUGAGUACUAUAUAGAGGCGGCCCAGGGUGAGAAACCACUGAUUGUUGUGCACUUGCUUCAUAACCUUCACUACAAGAACAUCCUCUGCUUCACUAACUCAGUGGAGGAUACACACAGACUGAGUCUGCUGAUCAAGCUGGUGGGUGGGGUAAAGGUGAAAGAGUUUUCAUCACGGCAGCAUGUGACACGCAGGAAUGAUAUUCUUGAACAGUUUGCUGCUGGCAAGAUAGACAUACUGAUCUGUUCGGAUGCAAUGGCCCGUGGAAUGGAUGUGAGCAACGUGAAGUACGUGAUCUCGUAUGAUCCACCUAGUUACAUUCAGAACUACAUACACAGGGUUGGGCGCACGGCCAGGGCCGGCCAGCCUGGCACUGCCAUCACAUUGGUGCAACGCAAACAGUUUUACCACUUCAAGAAGAUGCUCCGUGACGCAGGCAAGUCCAGUCUUCUACCUCUACACGUUACAAGGUCAGACUUUGGGCAGCUGCUACCAAAAUAUGAGGUGGCCCUGAAGAAACUAGAAGAGAUGUUGGAGGUUGAAAAACAAAAACGAACACCAAAAGCCAAGACUUUCAAGAAAAAUGAUCAGAACAAGCCUUCAAAUGCUGUUGUGGUCUAAGUCAUUGGAUGGACUCUUAAUUAUGUGAUUUGUUUGUUAGGGAUUUUCAAUAAAAUGUGUAAAAUAAAAAAGCGGUUGUUAUUUCUUAAAUGUGUGCUUAGAUUUUAAAGACAUUACAUUGACAAAUAAUUCUAUUGGCAUAACGCAUGGAGAUGAAAAGAUUUGGAUUGACAACUGGUGAAAUUAAUGAUAGUAUAAUAAAAAAAAAUUGUUUUUUUA